UCUGUGUCUCCACCGUGGAAAUUUUCUCUCAAUCGUUGCUCCAUCAGUCUCAGUGGAGGAGUUGAUAAGUCCUCAUUGAAUUCUGUGAAUAAACUCAGGAUUUAUUUUUUUACGCUAAAUACGAUUUUAUUUUAAAGAAUUAGUUUUUUUCAAUACAAAUUGAAGUCAAAUUGGUGAAAAUGACGGAAAAAUUGCAAUUUUUGAUGAAACUCAAUGAAUUCGCCACGCAAUUGUACAGGAAUUGUGCUACUGAAAAAACCAAUGAGAAUCUCGCUGUUGCUCCGUUCUUCCUGCAGAAUCUCCUUACAGCAACUCUUGUGGGUGUUCGGGGAAAAACUGCUGAACAGCUUUCUCAAACUCUGAUGUACAGUGGCCAGGGAAUCUCCACAAUCCUGGCCAAUUUUCGUGAACUCAAUUCAAAUUACCGCGACACAGAAUCAAUAUCAGUGGCUAGCAAGAUGCUAGUCAGGGAACCAGCACAGUUAGAUGAACAGUUUCCCAGUGAUGCUCGCCGGGAUUUUGAUGUCAGCAUCCAGAGUUUCAACAGCCGCGAGAAAAAUUUCGCCACAGCCGAUUCGGUGAAUAAGUGGGUAGCAGAAAAGACGCGCCAAAAUGUGCGAGAGUGCGUAAAACGUGGUGAAGACUUCGAUGCCACUAAGGAUAGUGUUGUCCUGAUAAAUGCCGUUCACUUUGGGGCACUAUGGGAACACAAAUUCAUCAGGCAGGAACGCAAAUCCAACUUCUGGAUCAAUGAAACUCAAUACCAGCCAACAGAUUUCAUGAAUCUCCGUGCCAAAUUGCGAUACUCUUUCUGCUCCGAUAUUUCUGCCCGGAUCUUAGAACUGGAUUUUGCAGAGGAUGAUUUUGCGAUGGUUUUACUGCUUCCGGAGCAGAGAUGUGGACUGGGACGCCUGAUUGAACAACUGCCCAGCAUAAAUCUUAUGUACGCCGUGGCUCAGCUACGUCGUCAGGAUGUGACAGUGCGGAUGCCACGCUUCAAAAUAGAUCACGGAUCGCGGAUGCGCGUGGCUCUUGAGCAGAUGGGUGUUCGUGACCUAUUCUCGGCACAAACAGCUGAUCUCUCGGGCAUUGUGAAUGAUGAAUCAUUUUGCGUCUCCGAGAUCAUUCAUCGGGCCAGUAUCGCUGUUGGGGAAGACGGUGAUGAUGGAGAUCAUCCUGGAAAUCCUACCAGUGCUCCUCAGGAAUUUACAGCUGACCAUCCCUUUCUGUUCUUCGUGAAGCACAAAUGCAAUGUCGUUUUUAUCGGACACGUAGCAAAUCCCAAUCAAUAGAGGGAUGACUGUGCGAAAUUGAAUGAAACACAUAGCAACUUCUCAAGUUUAUAAAUAGUUGAGACAUAAAAACGUUUCAGUUGUGGAAAAUGUUGAACUAUCUAUGCGACAAUGUGAAGAAAAAAAAGACGCUAAAUCAUGUGUCAACAAGCUUCAAAUUACUAUAAGGAAAUUCUAAAAAGCUCUACGUUAAAUAUUGUAAAAAAAAAUUCUUGAAUUUUCACAACAAACAAUUAACAUAUCUCAUCGCGCUAAAUGUGAGCAUACAAGAAUUUCCCUCUUGUAAUUGAACACUUAAUGCCAUUAAAUAUUUUGAUCCUGUCGCAGUUUAAUGGUUUAUAAGCUUUGAGUUUAUGUGGGAAAUCUAAAUUUGCGUUCUCUGAUUGUUAUGCCCUAAACACACUUACGACUUAAGCCGAGAGGUGACUUAGUGGAAAAUGAUGGAAAUCCACUUUAACCAUUAUUUCUAAUAUAAUUACGCUAAGUCGUCUCUCGACUAAUCCCCAUGUCUGUCAAGGCCCUUAGAAGCUUGAAAACUGAAAACAUCAAAAUUAUCAGAAAAUGCAAUAUGAAAUAUUUUAUCAAAUGUCGAUAAGCGUAACUCUUCAAAAACGCUUUUCGUAUUAUACAGUUUUCUUAUAUCGACAUGUAUAUGGCUUUGUUAGAGUUAGAUUCUUUAGGCUUAACUUAUUGUGGUCUUAAAAUACCAAAAUCGUAACAUUAUUUGUAGAAUGUUAAUUUAUAUUUUUAAAUUUCUUAUUAACAAUUACAAUAUUUAGUAACGAAAAUACAAUUACAGAAUAAAUAUUCAAUUUUUUAUUAGAGAAAAAUUAGAAAAAAAUAUUUUUAUUUUAUUUGAUCUGACACUGACAAAAUUAAAAUAAUAAAAGUUUGUUUAAAAUAUUUUUUUAUUCGACUGUCCAAUAGUUAGGAAGCUUAUAAUAAUAAUAAUAAUAAUAAUAAUGUAUACAACAUAAUUUGUAUAAAGCUCUAAUAAAUUACGAUUAAAUUACGGUGCA